AUGGCAUCCCCUUUGCAGUUCGCCUACCGGACCCAGAAGACCAUUGGCGUCUUUAACGCCGCUCCGGUCUACGAGCCCCUUUCUGGGUUCACCAAGCCCGAGGGAAACCUGCGGUGCUGUGCGUACUCGCCGUGUGGCCGCUUCUUUGGCUGGGCAACCCCCGAGGCCCUCAAUGUCGUCGACACCUCCAGCGGCCAGCUCAUCCUGAGCCUGCCCAUUGCCAACGUCUACGAGCUCGGCUUCUCGCCCCUGGGCACCUUUGUCAUCACCUGGGAGCGGCCGGCCAAGGACGAGGCCGGCGACGCUACCAAGAACCUCAAGGUGUGGCGCACCGUUGAGGACGGCGUCGACGCUGCCGCCAAGGUGCCUGUCGGCCAGUUCGUCCAGAAGCAGCAGGGCGGCUGGAAUCUGCAGUACACCGCCGACGAGGCCUACUGCGCCCGCCUCGUCACCAACGAGGUGCAAUUCUUCCAGAGCCACGACCUCGUCACCGUGUGGAACAAGCUGCGCGUUGAGGGAGCCACCAACUUUGCCCUGGCUCCAGGCCAGGACCACGCAGUGGCUGUCUUUAUCCCAGAGCGCAAGGGAGCACCCGCCGCCGUCAAAGUCUACAAGGUGCCCGAGUUUCAGAACCCAAUCUCGCAAAAGACCUUUUUCAAGGGCGACAAGGUCCAGCUCAAGUGGAACAAGCGGGGAUCCAGCCUCCUGGUUCUGGCCCAGACCGACGUGGACCGCUCCGGCAAGAGCUACUACGGAGAGACGACUCUAUAUCUGCUGAGCACAAACGGCACUCUGGAUGCUCGCGUGACUCUGGACAAGGAGGGCCCGAUCCACGACGUCUCGUGGUCGCCUUCGUCCCGACAGUUUGGUGUCGUCUAUGGUUAUAUGCCAGCGAAGACGACCAUUUUCAACGACCGCGGUGUUGCGGUGCACUCGUUCCCCCUCGGACCGCGCAACACCAUCUCCUUCUCGCCCACCGGCCGCUUCGUCCUCGUUGCCGGCUUCGGCAACCUUGCCGGCCAGAUCGACGUGUACGACCUCGAAAAGGACAACCGAAAGGUUUGCACCAUCGAGAGCGGCAACCCGAGCGUGUGCGAAUGGAGCCCCGACAGCCGUUACAUCAUGACGGCCACGACCUCCCCACGACUGCGCGUCGACAACGGCGUCAAGCUGUGGCACGUCACCGGCGGACUCAUGUACAACGAAGAUAUGGUCGAGCUGUACAACGUUCUCUGGCGACCCGCGGACGCAGCUACCCUCGAGGCCGGAGAUCCGCUCAGCCCUGUUCCGACACCGCACGAAUCCGCCGCGGCCUUCCUCAGCACCGUCAAGGCGCCCAGCAAACCUGCCGGAGCCUACCGGCCCCCUGGCGCUCGUGGAUUGGCCACGCCGCUUCACUUCAAGCGCGAGGAUGAGGGCGGCGCCGCUCACGUCGUCAGCAACGGCACCCAGAACGUGAGUGCCAACGGCUUUGGCAGGUCCCGACGCGCCGUCCCCGGCGCUGAGCUGGCCGAGAACAUCCCGACCGUCCGGACUGUGCCUGGCGCGGAGCCCGCCAACGAAGACGGCGGUGCCAAGAAGAACAAGAAGAAGCGCAGCAAGAAGAGCAACCACCCCGAUGGCAAGCUGGAGCCUGAGCCUAACGGAGGGGCCAGCCUUGCGCCGCCGCCGCAGGAAUACGGCGGCGGCUCGGGCCACGAGGGUCGCAGCCCCGAGAGGCGCGGAGUGGCCGGCGGCAACCAGAACGGCCGCAACUUCCGGAGCCGGUCCCGUAACAACAUGGACCGCAGCCGAAGCAACACUCAGCAAGGCCAGCAGCAGCAGCAGUCCGGUCCUCCUCCUAAUGCCCCAACUGAGCCAGCGUCGCAGAACCCAAACGCUAAGAAGAUUCGCAGUCUGCAGAAGAAGGUCAGGGCUAUUGAGGAUCUGGAGAUGCGCCUUGCUGGAGGUGAAAAGUUGGAGGACACUCAGCUGAAGAAGAUUCACACCAAGGCAUCUGUGCUUAAGGAGCUGGAGUCUCUUGGUGGCGAGUCGUAA